GUUCUUUCUAUCCUUUUUCUUUUUCACCAUUUCAAUGGUUUCCACUUUGAUGGAAGAUAUAAUUAUUAUGUUAUUAUAAGCCAAUAAUUAAUAAUAGUAAUAAUGCUUCACAAUACAUUUGCACUACAAAUUAUAAAUUAUUUCGUUAACCUGCAUCUAAUCCUUUGCCAUUUUGGUUUCUGCGGUCCAAAGCAUUGCAGCCUCUCUGUAGUAAGAAUCAUAUUCCCCAGCUUGCCAAUGACAACUUUGCUGCAGAUUUCUUUCUUUUGCGGCCACUCCAGAUCUCUCUAUAUAAGGAUCCUUCCCACGAAGUUACAUCUCCAAGCCAGAGUGUUCUUCUUCCCGAUACAGCCCAAAUAGACCAAUCAUACAAAGUAACAGCUAUGAGUUACAAUUUCCCUCUUUUCCAGAGAAGAAGGUCGACCCUAGGAAGCUCCUUCGACUUCAAGUUCCCCAACCCUGGUGGAUAUUAUUCGUACAAGAGACCCGCUCCAUCUGGGUUCGUGGAACCACCACCUGCAACUGCAAACCCAUGGAAGCUUGCUGAGACCUCCAGGGAGAGCUUCAAGAAGCCACCUGGGGUGGUGGAGGUUCAUUCUGCAAGCCAGUGGAAAGUCUUCAUUGAUGAUUCCAGGGAGAAUAACAAGUUGUUGGUCAUUCAGUUCACUGCAACAUGGUGUGGACCUUGUCGACUCAUGGAGCCUGCCAUGGAGGAAUUUGCUGCUAAAUACACAGAAGUCAUGUUCAUCAAGAUCGACAUUGACAAGUUGCCGUUGGUGGCUCGCCAAUAUGAUGUCCAGAUAAUGCCUGCAUUUGCGCUGAUCAAGACUGGGAAAGAGGUCGAGAAGGUGGCAGGAGUCAAAAAGACCGAACUCCGGAACAAGAUUGAAAAGCAUAGGCUGUAAAAAGGUCCAAGCAUUCUGACGAACUGACUGAAGAGCCUUUGAACAUGUUUAGAGGCAUAUCGCACAGGCAAAAGGAGCAUCAGAAGAAUAAAACUUAGGCCAAUCAUGGCAAAUGGCAAUCUUAUCCUGAGGCCAAAGUAGAGCAAUAUCUUAGUAGUCAUAUCAAUUCCUCCUGUCCAAAAUAACCCUGGUACGUCGAUGUCUCAGUCACGAAGUCAGCAGACAAAUCUUAGGCCAAUUUGUACAGCCUCUCCCUGUUCAAAAUUAUUCAGCUCAGAUAUAUCUGAUAGUUAUACAAUUUCCACACUCCAGUAUGUAAAACAUAUUCAGAUGAAAUAUCCAGAUGUGGAAAAACAGAUCAAAAGAGGUUCUUCUUCCCCUUCAUU